CGAGUCCAGUUGCUCCUUCCUCAGUGUGUUCACAGAGAUUGUCAGUUCGUUUAGGUUUGUUACGGAUUUUGUCGUGAACUAGCCGCUGCAUCUACAUCGAAAUGGCUGAUCAGCUUACAGAAGAGCAGAUUGCUGAGUUCAAGGAGGCGUUUUCGCUCUUUGACAAGGAUGGAGAUGGCACCAUCACCACCAAAGAGCUGGGAACUGUCAUGCGCUCUCUGGGCCAGAACCCCACAGAGGCAGAGCUGCAGGACAUGAUCAAUGAAGUGGAUGCUGAUGGAAAUGGAACGAUAGACUUCCCAGAGUUUCUCACCAUGAUGGCCAGGAAGAUGAAGGACACAGACAGUGAGGAGGAGAUCAGAGAAGCAUUCCGUGUCUUUGACAAGGAUGGUAAUGGAUACAUCAGUGCUGCUGAGCUGCGCCAUGUGAUGACAAACCUUGGGGAGAAGCUGACUGAUGAAGAAGUGGACGAGAUGAUCAGAGAAGCAGACAUUGAUGGAGAUGGACAGGUCAACUAUGAAGAGUUUGUACAAAUGAUGACGGCGAAGUGAAGGGCUUGUACAGAUUUCGUAUAUAAAUAAUUUGCCUUUUUUUUUCUUUGUGUAAUUUAUCUGUAAAAUCUUAAUAGCCCCCUUCGUCCCUGCCCCUUCUGCUGUCCAAAGGAACUGCAUGUAAACUGCAUAGGCUCUUGUCCCAUGUCCCUUUUUUCUUUUGCUGUCAUGGUGUUUUGGAGUGACGGAAUGGUCAUACAACCAGAUGCCUGUGGAGGCCCCUGGGAGCCGGAGAACUUCGAAUCUUCCCGUCUUGCGUGCUCGGGGCCACUCCACGCAUGGCGACAUUGGAAACCUGUCAGCUGGUUGUCACUUGGCAACACUGUUGGCAUGGAAACAAUGUAGAGGAGUUUAAACUCUGCAUGGACUACGGACAAAGUAUAUAUUGUAAUCUCUCAGCAUUGCACUACUGCAAAAAAA